UUUCUGCGAAACGCAAAUUUAUCCAUGCAUAGCGAAUCAAUAUUAAUGUGGUUAUUCGAGUUCACUGCUUCGGAGAGAAAGCCAUAAGCCAGGAUGAAAACAACAGUGACGCGUAUUCCUUAAAAUGCACGAUCUUUGUCUCUAUCUAUUUUUUUUCCAUAUUUAGUGACUGAAUGCGUCAGUUUACGUUGCGAAAGUUUCUGCGGUUGAGCCAAUUUAAAAUAAUUGUAACGCCAUUGAAUUCUGGCGCACGGGUGGGCUCAAACUUUCGACGAAUAAAUCUCACGCCUGGUUCCCUCACCGACCAUGAUCUGACUUUUUGUUUCCAAAAUUGAGUUGUUACGACCUGGGAUUCUUUCCCAUUUGAUUGCAUUUUUUGUUCCCCUGAUCAAAAUCUGCUUCAGUUAAAAGGAAUCAAAUUAAACUUCCGCAACAGACAACAAUGAAAUAUACCAGCUAUGUAUUUAAUCCGAUCUGAAUAUGCAUAAUCACGUACUGUAAAAUAAAUCUUUGUAUUUCAGAACAGGAACUCAGUGAUAUCGGCCGUUUUGUACUUUCGAACUUCCUAUAGAGCAAAUUCCGCAUUUCUCUUCAUCAGGAGAGCGAUAAACCUCAUGUAAACAUCAUGUCUGCGCUCUUUGUGGUUAUGGCAUGGACGUUAACCAUAACAGCGUUGUCUGGAAACUCUUUCGUGAUAUUUCUGAUCCUAUUCAGAAAGAACCUUCGCGCACGCAAGCUCAACUGGUACAUCAUUUCCCUUGCUAUAGCGGAUGCUUUAGUGGCCUUGAGUUUCUAUCCUCCAUUGUUUUUUUGUGAUCGUUGGUCGUUCUGCCAAACAAGUAUCAUGAGAGCAUUUCGCUGGAUCUUCAUUUACUCCUCAGUAUGCAAUUUGUGCGCCAUGACAGCUGACCGUUACCUCGCCAUCGUCAAACCCAUGUACCACAGAGUCAAGGUAUCGGACAGGAUUGUGGCCAUUUCGAUCGCGAUGUCAUGGCUUUUUCCUAUUAUUUUGCGUGGUGUUGUCUUCACUCCCCUUUAUUACCUGCAUAAAAGGGAAGCAUUCAAGUACUUUCUUCCUGUGAUAGUCAUAAUAUUUGAGGUUCUUCCGUGUUUACUCAUUCUCUUCGCUGCCCUGCGAAUAAGCAUCGUUGCCAAAAGAGAACAAACAAAACACAAGAACAGAUCGAAAGGAAAAGCCAAAAAGGAGAAUCGAAGAGAAGGAUCAAGAGCUUUGAAGAUGAUUUUGAUGGUCACAUUUCUCUUUGUAUUCUGUUACGCCUUGGAAGCUUAUUACACGAUGUGCAAAAAUGUUUUAAAACUGUGCGACGACACUGAAAUAAUUCAGAUGAUUCGUCGGCUCAUGUUGAUAGCGAACUCCGCGAUUAAUCCAUUUGUGUACACCUUUCUGAGAAGAGAUAUUAAGGAAGAAGUAAAGAAACUGAAAUUGUCUUGUAGAAGGGAGAAACAUUUUACCAGACACGAAACUGUAAUCGGUUCUACGGCACUCUCUACAGAGAGGGACAUACGCUAAAUUUGAAUUUUAUACUUAUUGUUGGAACCCGUUGGCUAGGAGAUCUUGAUAUGAGAACUGACAACUAUUAAGCUCUUAGUAGUCUAUGGACAGCGAAAAUCGCCUUAAAGUAGUUAACAGUGAGUCAGCAAAGAUCAAUACUCACCUCCCAAGGUCCAAAUUGAGUUUGCACCAAGAAACGCACAUAGCUAUCUACGCUCGAAUCUAGAUUAAUAAUGCCGUAAAAAGAGUGCUGUAAGUUUAGAGGAUUACAGGAAUUUUAAGGAAGUUGGCGCGGGUUCUUAAAUAUUUUUCAGUUGUAAGACUUUGGUUUACACUUGGCUCGGCCUCAACUAAGAACCUUUGCUUACAAGUCACGUUUACGGUGGAUAAAAAUCCAAGGUUAAAGAUAAAUAUAUGGAUGAGAAAUAAUGGCUUUUUAUCUUUAUUUAAAGUUUUCAAAUCAGUGAAACGCGCUAAUUAUCCUUUGACGUAACAAUGACAACGCAUUAACGUAUUCGACGCAUCAGGGUCAAUUUUUGUCGCAGCUCUCGACAGAAGGAGCCCAAAUGUUCUUUCCAAAUCUGUUUUCUCAUAAAAACACUCGUUGUCUUUUGGAUUACAUAAAGUAAUAAGUUGAUAUAAAUUUUUCAGUUUAAUCUAAAACGAGCAUCAGGGAGUUAUUGAACUCAAUAUAAGUAAAAUAUGUCCACUUAGAUCAAUGAUCAAUGUUUUGUAUUCUACUUAUUAGAUCUGGCUUGUAUUGGGCCGAUAAAAAUAUAAAUUACAGGUUUUCUGUGGCACUUAUGAAA